AGCAGGCAACAUUUCAGUUUGCGUUACUGCCUCCUAGUCGUCAAUAACUAACUGUUCACACUUUAUGAUUUCUUACAGUGCAGCAAUUAGCCCGAAAAAACACUUCUCAUCAGCCGAGUCUCCACAGUCAAGUUUUUCUGCUUUCUUUACUGGAUGGGAUCGACACCACAGCUUCCACCUUGUGACUUUUUUGAAUGUCACAAUGGCUUUGAAAGUCGCGCUCCACAGACUUGUGUUUACGCACAGAACGCUGACAAUUUGGGCAUCCAGUCAGAGACACAGCCGGCACAGGGAUUUACUUGUGAAUCUCAGUGAAAGUGUCAGAGACACAAGAACUUUUUCAGGUGCCGCUGUGAAGCGUAACGAUAAUAAGGAGGGCACCUCCGACUAUUCACGCCUGAGUACCAAGGUGACAUCCAGGAAGAGGAGACCUCUGUCCCCGCUGGAGAGGAUCAGUGGCCUGCUGCCCCAGGACGCAUUGAGCCCUGAGGUGAUGCAGCUGAGAGAGCAGGAGUCAGAUAAGGGGGCAGAGAUCCAAGGAUCAGUCCCAAAUCGCACGCAGGUAGAAGUUGGGGAUGAGGACAUCGUUAAAAAGUCUGAACAUCAGGCUCACAGUCCACCUGUUGGAGCAGAGGAGUUGGACACCGGCUCAGUUCAUCACCGGGAAAAGCAGGUGUGGGCGGCUCUGCCCGGGGAAAGGUUGCUUACCUGUGGAGAGCUGCUUGUUGCUGAGUAUCGCAGAAAGCGCAUGGAAUUCAGGAAGAUGUUCCAGCUGCAGACAGGGGCCCGUCUGGAGAGCAGCUGGGGGGUCAUACUGCACAAUGACAUUGCAGGGCAGCCAGCAGGGCAGUUUCUGAAGACUCACCGGGGGGUCCCCAUCUUUAUAAGGCGAGCUAGUUUGGAGGAUUAUGUGCUGUGUAUGAAGCGGGGACCUGCAAUUGCCUACCCUAAGGAUGCAGCUUCUAUGUUAAUGAUGAUGGACGUCACAGAGGGAGACUGUGUCCUGGAGUCAGGAUCUGGAUCAGGGGCCAUGUCUCUAUUCUUGUCAAAAGCAGUCGGCUCCAAGGGCAGCGUGCUGAGCGUAGAAGUCAGGGAGGAUCAUCACAGGAGAGCUGUGCUUAACUACAACCGCUGGAGAACAUCAUGGAGUCUGCGACGAGGGGAGGAGUGGCCCGAUAACGUCCAGUUUCACAAGGCUGACCUCUGCACAGCCUCUUCGCUCCUUGCUGGUCGGGGAUUUCAUGCGGUUGCUCUUGAUCUGAUCAACCCUCACCUGGUUUUACCCACUGUGAUUCCACAUCUCCACCCCGGAGCUGUGUGUGCUGUCUACCUCGCCAACAUAACUCAAGUCACCGACCUGCUGGAAGGAGUUCGAUGUUCAACACUCCCUUUACUGUGUGAACGCGUCAUAGAGCUUCCACUCCGAGAAUGGGUGGUGGCUCCAGCUCUUCAGAAGGAUGGACGAUACUGCAACAAGAAAGGUUUUCAUCCAGGAUUUGGGCUAAGUCAGGACGGCGAGGCAUCGGAGGAGAGUGACAAAGAAGACCUGACCACAGAGGAAGACCCUGACCCACCUUUUGGGAGUAUCCCUUACAUUGCUCGACCUCACCCUGAACAAAUGAGCCACACAGCUUUCCUGGUGAAACUGAGGAAGUGUGUGCAGUAACAUUUCUACCUGUGGGGGAACCCUGAACACAGAUUGUUACACAUCAAAUAAACGGUCUUAAAGAAGAUAAUAAAAAGUCAAAACUGA